UACUUCAAGCAAUCAGAAAAAGAGUCGAGAUUACGUUGUGAAGAUGAAUGUGAAGAAGUCUAUUACACGUUCUUCACUUACGGGGCAUGUGUUAGUAAUAUCUAUGGACGAUUUGCGAAAGAUAUACAACCAAGCUGUAAUUUACGAUGUGGCAUGAGAAUCCGUACAUUAUCAUCAAUUGGGAUUUUUCUUACCUUCGCAGCAGCUUUGGCAACUCUAAUUUUCACCCUGCCACUGUUCAUAGCGACAUGCGCAUCGUGUCUGAAUGCUAGAAAAGCAAACAAAAGGGCGAAAAGAGUAUUUAUGGAAGCUCAGAAUCAGCCAACUAAGGAGCAGCAGCUACAAACACUUUCCUAUAACCCUUACGCAUAUUGGCCAUAUUAUGGACGAACCUGA